GGGCGCUUCAAUAGGCCGCGUUGCCUCAUGGGAGAUGUAGUCGUCUUCUUUCGCUGUUGAGCAAACAACAUGGAAUCCGCCGUAAGAAGCACGAGUGGUUGCGACUCAGAACAGGACAGCGACUCGGAGAAUGACUUUGAAACUUCACAGUUAGGAACGAAGGAAUAUUGGGAAGAUGCAUACCAAAAAGAGUUGGAAACAUUCAAAGACAUUGGGGACGUUGGUGAGAUAUGGUUUGGUGAGGAAAGCAUGAACCGUGUGCUAAGAUGGAUGGACAAUGCUAAAAUUCCGGAAGACGCUGCCAUUUUGGACAUUGGCACAGGAAAUGGAGCCUUUUUAGUUGAGAUGGCUAAACAUGGAUACAAGAAUUUAACGGGAAUCGAUUAUUCGCCGGCCUCCGUGGAAUUGGCAAGAAGUGUUCUCCAGGCAGAGGGCUUGACGCAUGUCGAUGUGAAGGAGGUGGACUUCUGCCAAGGUGGACUCGAGGGUUACGACCUGUGCGUCGAUAAAGGGACUUUUGACGCCAUCAGCCUGAAUCCUGACAAUACUGGUGGGGUGAAAAGACUUUACGUGCAAGCUUUAAAAGCCUCCCUGAAGGAUCAAGGCCUCUUCUCGAUUACGUCUUGCAACUGGACAAAAGAGCAGCUGCUUGAGCGAUUCAAAGAAGGAUUUGAAUUUGUACAGGAGUUACCCACGCCCACUUUCCAGUUUGGAGGCAAGAAGGGAAACAGCGUGACUGCAUUGAUAUUCAAACGAAUACGGUGACGCAAGCGACAGUGGUUUUUGGACAUUGCUUUUGUAUCUAUAUGUGCUUUUUUUUUUUUUAAGGACCCUCUUUAUUAUGCUUUUCAUCGAAUAGGAAGAACACUUUCUGGUUUAGUUUGCUUUCAUUACAUUAAAAAAAAAAACGGGAAAUGACACGA